CACCGGUGCGCACGGCGCACGCGCGUUCUGCCGGCGCGUGCGCGGUAGCGGAGGGGGACGCGGAGCGGAGCCCGGCACUCGGCAACGCUCGGCGGUUUCCGUGCAGGCCAGGCCGCCAUUUUCUCUCAGCUCCCCGUGCGCGGCUCCUGUCCCGCUGCCCGCGCUCUGUCCUGCUCGGCGAUGGACGGCAUUGUCACUGAUGUUGCCGUUGGUGUGAAGAGAGGAUCUGACGAACUUCUUUCAGGCAGUGUACUCAGUAGCCCGAACUCUAACAUGAGCAGCAUGGUAGUUACUGCCAAUGGUAAUGACAACAAGAAAUUCAAAGGUGAUGAUAAAAUGGAUGGGGCUCCUUCUCGUGUUCUUCAUAUCAGGAAAUUGCCUGGGGAAGUGACAGAAACAGAAGUUAUUGCUUUAGGUUUACCUUUUGGUAAAGUAACCAACAUCCUGAUGCUGAAAGGGAAAAACCAGGCAUUUUUGGAACUUGCCACAGAAGAAGCAGCUAUCACUAUGGUUAAUUACUACUCUGCUGUGACACCUCAUCUUCGUAACCAACCCAUUUAUAUCCAAUAUUCCAAUCAUAAAGAACUAAAGACUGAUAACACACUUAACCAGCGGGCCCAGGCUGUUCUUCAGGCAGUGACAGCUGUGCAGGCAUCAAACGCUCCCAUUAGUGGGACCACUGUUAGUGAGAGUGCAGUGACUCCAGCUCAGAGUCCAGUACUUAGAAUAAUUAUUGACAACAUGUACUAUCCAGUAACCCUGGAUGUUCUUCAUCAGAUAUUCUCUAAAUUUGGUGCUGUAUUGAAGAUAAUCACAUUCACAAAGAAUAACCAGUUUCAAGCUUUACUGCAGUUUGGUGAUCCAGUAAAUGCACAGCAAGCAAAGCAAGCCUUAGACGGUCAAAAUAUUUAUAAUGCUUGCUGUACCCUACGAAUUGAUUUUUCCAAAUUGGUGAAUUUGAAUGUCAAGUACAACAACGAUAAGAGCAGGGACUACACUCGUCCUGACCUUCCAUCUGGCGAUGGACAGCCAACUCUGGACCCAGCUAUUGCUGCAGCAUUUGCCAAGGAAACCUCUCUUCUAGGGCUUCCUGUUGCAGCUGUUCCAGGAGCUCUGAGUCCUUUGGCUAUUCCAAAUGCUGCUGCUGCAGCUGCAGCUGCUGCUGCUGGCCGUGUGGGAAUGCCUGGAGUUUCAGCUGGUGGCAAUACAGUCCUCCUGGUUAGCAAUUUAAAUGAAGAGAUGGUUACGCCCCAAAGUCUGUUUACCCUCUUCGGUGUUUAUGGUGAUGUGCAGCGUGUGAAGAUUUUAUACAAUAAGAAAGAUAGUGCUCUUAUACAGAUGGCUGAUGGAAACCAGUCACAGCUGGCCAUGAGCCAUCUUAAUGGACAAAAAAUGUAUGGAAAGAUCAUUCGGGUUACCCUUUCUAAACAUCAGACAGUACAACUACCUCGAGAGGGACUGGAUGACCAAGGGCUGACUAAAGAUUUUGGUAAUUCACCUUUGCACCGCUUCAAGAAACCUGGUUCCAAAAACUUCCAAAAUAUAUUUCCUCCUUCUGCAACCCUUCAUCUGUCCAAUAUUCCACCAUCAGUAGCAGAAGAGGAUCUACGCACAUUGUUUGCUAACACUGGAGGCACUGUGAAAGCAUUUAAAUUUUUUCAAAGAGAUCACAAGAUGGCACUUCUUCAGAUGUCAACAGUAGAAGAAGCUAUUCAGGCUUUGAUUGAUCUUCACAAUUACAAUCUGGGAGAAAGUCACCAUCUGAGAGUUUCUUUCUCUAAGUCAACUAUUUAAAAAGGCAGAUAGAGAAUGAAGGUGUAUUGCAUUGUUUGGUGUUGUCACCUUUUGACUGUUCAAGAAAGUGGGGACCAGAGUUUGUCUUCUGUUUUUUUAUUUUUUUCAUGCUGUUACCAUUCCUUGAUUGUUUUAAAAAAAUAAUUUAAAAAAAUGCAGUGAUGUUAACUGCUUUUCAACUGUUCAACUGUUGUUUAGAUAAACCAUUGUUUUGUUUAAAAGAUUUCAAGUUAAUACAACAUUUUUUCAACUUAGUUGACGUACGUGCCUUAAAAAGGAAAAUUAGUACUGCUGGAAUUGCAUAACUAGUAAAAAGCAAAUUUGGUUGUCUGGGGCACAUUGUUACAUGAUAAUUUAAAUAUGUUUAGGCAGGGGUGUGUAAAAAGGUUAAGUUUUUAUUUUCUCCUGCUUGAUAGAUUUCUUUUAUCUGCUGGCUUGUCACUUAUUUUCUUUUUAAUUGGAUAAGAUGCAUUACGCUGAAAGAGUAAAAUGAUUUUAUUUGAUUUUUGCUACUUUUUGCUAUGUGUUCUUUUUUAAAGAAAGCCUUUUGUAUUUCAUUGUUCUGGUCUAGAUUCAGUUAUGAAUGUAGGCAUUAGUUAAAAUUAACAAGGUACAGAUUAUUAAUUUCUUAAAGGACAAAAAGUGACUUCUGUGACUUUGAGCCCUACGUGAAAAGCAUUGUGGAAUCUUAACCUUUUUGUACACACUCUUGUGGGAUGUAUCAUAUAAAUGUCAGCACUAAGUAAUGUCUUGUUUGUGGCUGAAUAUUUUUCGUAGAUGUUUUUGAAGUUGACAUGACUUACGUGCAUUUCAAUAUAUAUUGCCAUCUUUAGUUUGUAAUUAAGAUAUGGAAUAUGGUUGUGGAUUUCUGAGCAUGUACAGACCGGUCAAGCUAGUUCAGGAAAUGGUGCAUGUAUUUUUCAAUGAUGAAGAAAGUUUGCUGCAGAUGCUUGCAGGAAAUUUUGUGGCAGUUUUCUAAAACUGACAACCAGGUGGGACCAAAGUUUAUGUGCCUUUAGUCUUAAUUUACCUUACAUUGUAAUAUUCAGUUUUAAUAAAUCUCUUCAAAAUAUUUUGUAUUUAGAAUUUGAUCUGACUUUACUAUAAACAUGGCUCAGAAUCUGCAGAUCCAGUUAAUUUGAAAGCAGUUCACUGACAGUCUGAACUGUUACCUUGAUUCUGUUUAAAUGACCAAUACUUUUUGAAAUUGAUGUACUUAGUUUCAAGAUUCAUAGAUUCUGUUAUCUAUGUAGAAAAAAAAGGUCAUGUAUAUUUUCUAUUAGUUGAGUUUUUACAUCUUUAGAAUUGUAAAAUUCAGUAUAGUUUGGAAGUGGCACAAUUAAAAAUUAAUUUUCUAACAAA